AUGGAGGGGCAAACCUCAUCGUUCCAGCUCGCCAAUCGUACCACGCCUUCCUCCGACGACGAUAGCUCUACACAUGUCCCCCGACCUCCCAACAGCUUCUUUUGCUUCAUGCAGGAAUGCGCCGCAGAAAUCAGGGAGGGACUCGCGCCCGAAUCCGACCAACGAGCGUUUGUGAAGACAGCUGCUAAAAAGUGGAGUGUCAUGACGCCCGCGGAGAGACAGCCGUUUGUGGAACAGGCGAAGCAAAUAAAUGCGGAACAUAGGGCCAAGAAUCCCAACUUCCAGUACUUUUCCUCCGAGUCGAGGACGAAGAAGCGAGCGCGACAAACGGCGAAGCGACAAGAGAAACAGCGGACGAUGGAGGCGCAACGGCGGGCUACGGAGAAGAGGGUGCGCUUGAAACAGGCCUCGGUUAUGGACUCGAAGCGCAAGCGCGUCGUCGGAGUCCACCAAUCGUUUUCCCGGACAUCCUCGUCCCAUGCCACUCCAUCGACUUUGCAAGCCACUCAUGCCUCAUCAUUGCGCCUCUCAUCUUGUGACUACAACUUCCUCUACUCCAUGCCGGAGGCCUCCCGCUCGCGAACCACCUCCACGACGCCGCCGGGUCCCGCGACGCCGUCUCCCAUUCACCGCCAGACUAUCAACCCCGCCACCGCUCAGAUGCCUCCUCACGCCGAGGCUUUAUACUGGACCGCUCUUGGUGCCUCCUCCUCCGAACUACCACAGGGACACCCCUCCCAGCAGUUGUUCAGCGCACAGGAGUACCCCAUCCAUAAUGACUUCCAGCAAGCCUGUCACCGCCCUGCCCAGCAGCAACUACACGCGCAUCAGUUGCACCAGAAUGGCGCCCCGCAACCAUCCACUCAGCCCGCCGCGACCAGCCAGGAAUUUUCUGAGUACCGGAAUGGUGCGCAAAAUAACGAUCUGACAAAAAGGGCGGAAGCAAACUUUCCGUCCUUGAAUACAAUGCCCGCACAAGGACAAAGUCAUUCAUCCCAGUUUGCUCCCGCCGGCCCGUACGACGAUGUCUUGUCCUCCCAAUCAUCGAGCCAUGCAGCGUUCCUCGAGUCCAACGGGAUCCCUAUCUCCAAUGUCUCUGGCGACAUCGCGUUCUCUGGCCCACUCGAUGAUGUGGCGUUCACGGGCCUGUCCGAUAAUGCUACGCUCUUUGGCGGGUCUGGCUUUGCUCUCUCCGGCAUGGCGAAUGAGGCGCCACAUUACGGCACGCACGAUGGAUUCGGCUACGCGGCCGAGUUUUCCGCGGCUCCUAGCUCCCAGCAACCGCAGCCACAGGCGUACUCGGCGCAGGCUGAUAUCUCCUUGCUGACCCGCCCGAUCCUCCCUUUGGAAGUGCCACCCACCUCGCAAGAUGCCUCCACCGCCUCGCAGAACGUCGCGUACAUCUCGCCGGAGCUCGCAAUAAUCCCUCUACGACGCAGUAAAUGGUCUCAGCCCCGACUGGAGGGCGCUCAGGAGACCGUCCCCAGCAUACCCGUAGCGAACGGUCCUUCGUCUAGGAAGCCCUCACCAGAGGAGCACGCGGCGCCGCCCCGAGGAUAUCUGCGUGCUCCUCAUGAGUAUACCGAACAAGAUCACCUGCAUGACAACGCCUCAUCGCCGAACGAGCUGAACGCGCCUUCUCAUGCGCCCUCAUUUCCUCAGGCCACCGCGUCCUCGCACCGACGCACCGUCUCGUCAUCAUCUUGCUGGCCAAUGAUGAGGAAUUUCCGAAAGCACCAGCGCUUCUGCUCGGACACGCCCAUCACGCAGCCGUCGGUGCAGCGGACUGGCGACUGGCUGACGGACUGGCAAGCGAGCGGGCUCGCGAAUGCUCAGCCUAAUUUGACGUGGAGGCCUCAGCUGGACGCUUUCGCGAAUGCACCGCUGGAGUCUCUCGCAGCUUUGAGGACCCCUCCGACCGCGCCGGACGCGCUACACGCAAAUGUGCAACCCGCGGCCUACGGCGCGCAGGAGACCUGCCCGUACAUGGGCGCGCUACCGACUUCUCACGCGAACGCACCAGCACCCUCCUGGAUCCAGGCCCCCAUGAGCUCCUAUAAGCAGCCUACGACGGCCUCCUACACCGACGCACAGACCCGCUCGUACGUGGAACCCCUAACGACCUCGUCCUCGCAAGCGCCGGCAUUCCCGCCCGCGCCAGGGCUCUCAUACACGCAGCCGUCGACGUCGUACGAGCAAGGGUCUGCCCAAUCAUACCCCGACCCGGCGAUGCAGCCAUACUCAAGCGCACAGACGCAGCCAUACCCGAGCGCGCCGACGCAGCCAUACUCGAACGCUUCACUUGACCCGGACGCACUGCUUGACCCGUACUCGCAAGCGUCGGCACUUCCCUUCCCAGAUGCGCCUAUCCCGCCACAUCCGGACCUUACCACGCCCUACUACGAACCCGUCAACCACCGGUACGAGACUCGUCUGGGUCAUUGCUGA